CUUCCUAUCUCGAGCCCACAAGAUCCGCGUCCCCUGGUUCAAUACACCUCACAGACCAGACACCAUUCCAUCCAAUUCACUUCCCUACCUGAGAAUCACUCAAGUGACUUGCUGCACACAUGGAGCCCUCAUUCACCCCAAAAGAACUCUCUUUUCCUGUACCAAGACACCCUCACCUCAACCUUCAUCUGCAUCUAUCCCUCCUCGGUAAUUGUUCGAUGGUACACUUGACGACCUCCACUGUGGGCGAAGCUCAUAACUCAACCCCUCCUUUGGGCAGUUUCGUCUAUGCCAUGCCUGAUAGGCUUAACGACCGCAAUGCCAUUAGCACCGCCCUAACUACCUCGAAUGAAAGCAUCGACUAUGCGACAAGACUAGCCAAGAUCCUCGCCCGCCGCACAAAGUCACCUGCCUAUGUUGGCUGUAGUAUGAACUUUGCCGGCAUCACUGCCGAAGAGGAGAUUGAAGGUCUGUCCCUGGUUGUCGAUCAUAUCAUCCACCAGUGGGAGAAGCAACCUAGAUGAUCCUUUUGCCACACUCUACCCUACCAUGGAGUGGCGGCCCCAGUCUGCACUCCAGACUCUACUCCGUACAGACUCCAGUCCUGAGUCUGGCUAUCUUGCCUGUGACGCCUUUCUUCGUCAUCUGGAUUCAUUCAAGGGUCAACCGAGCCAAGCAGGGGAAAGAACCACCCACAGUGUCCCAGUUUUUUCCCAACAAAUCGGCAUCCUUCCUCAUUCUCGGUCUCGACGCGGAAGAAGAAGCCUAAAUGUUUUGGAAUCUGCGCGUAAUGAACUUGCUUGAAAACCAAAUUCGGCAACCUCUGUCAGAACCUCUUUGGACCCUGACUUCAAUGCUCGCCGACUGUUUCUGUCUCAGGAAUUCUCAGCCAGUUGACCCAAGCUCCCGGGUUAGUGGCACUCUGCGUUUCCUUAGCCCAAGCCACGGGGUUGUCUCUCGAGGCGUUUGGCAAGCGUGAGAAGCCACCCCCCAAGGUUAAACAACACAUUUCGGACUUCUCCAUGACACACUCCACAGCACAGCUGGAGGAUAAAUGGACCAGAAGUUGGUAACACUGUGUCACUUUGACAACUUUCUCCUUGGUCUACAUGGUAGCCCUAGCCUAGGCAUUAGAUCAAUCACCGUGAGCUU